AGGGCAGGAGGUGCAUAAUACGCGCAUAUAUACACAUAUACACACAUACAUACGCACAAUAUAUGCAUAUAUGAUACAUGCGAUGCACACCUGCACCCUCCACAUCCAGUCCGUUGCAGCUCUCGCACAGAACACGAAAUCCUCUUUUCGUCCUUGACCGUCCUCCAACUCCCAAUCAUCACGCUCGUUCGGCCUCUGGUCUUUGUUUUUCUCUCCGUCUCCUUUGUCUCCUGCGUGCAGCCACCGAAAGAGAGAGAGAGACUACCUUACGAGACCCUCGCGAUCCCUUCCUGCCGCCGCGCUUCCAGGAUUCCUUCCAAGGCACAGACAGCCUCCUGCACCAACCAACCAACACACUCCAACAACCACCUCAUCCACCCCCCUCCAGACCGCCCGCCAUCGUGAUUCUUCCCAACGUCCUCCCACUCUCUACUCGACUCGACUCGACUCGACCUAUCUACCUCUCUCUCCCCUCCCCUCUCUCUUCCUGUCGACUCCCCCCCCCGGCCUUCUCUUCUCCUUCAUUCAUGGCCCGUAUGACUUCGACACGCUGCUGAUUCAAUGGGAGGACGCUUCCGUUGAUACCCCAUCCGUUGUUUGCAUUCCACACCUCCUCCAUCCGCCACAUAAAGAACGCCACGCCUCUCGCCCUCCUCGCAGACGUGUCGGUGCUUCUUCACUCCUCCAAGAAGCAUGGCUUCCUCACAGCGUUGGUCUUAUCGGCUGGCACGCCUGGUCAUCCUCUUCGUUGGAUUUCAACAUCUAGCCUCCUCC